AUGACGAGCCAAGAAGGAGGUUCUUCGUCUGCUUCAAUGAAUCCGGAACAAAAGUAUUGUAUGUGUGGUAAGAGGGCAAGGAUGAACACUUCUUGGACUUACAAUAAUCCAGGAAGGAGGUUCUUCACUUGUGCUAGGCCCAAGGAGGCCACUGGUUGUCAUUUCUUUGAAUGGGUUGAUGAUGAUUUUUCUGGAAGAGCAAUGGCUGUUAUCACUCACUUGAAUCAUCGACGCCUUUAUUUGGAGGAAAAAUUGAAGUUGGUUGAAGAGAAUCUGUCUGAAAAUGAUGAAAAGAGAAAGAUCCUGCAAUGUCAAGUGGAGGAGUUAACUGAGGGUAGAAUUGUGAUGCAAGCUGAGAACCAAAUGUUGAAAAAACAGAUGUAUUUCUGUGUGUGUGUUGUUGUUGCAAUGGUUGCACUUGUGUUAAUGUUGAAGUAA